AUGUCAUCCUUCAACCCGCCGUCUGGCCCUCCCCCGCCAUCGGUUCCGGAGGGCUGGAAGGCGCAAUAUGACGAAAGAUAUCAGACAUGGUUCUACGUCAAUAUUGCAUCGGGGAAAUCACAAUGGGAACCGCCGCAGGAUGCUGACGGUCCUCCCCCGAGCCAGCCGCCACCAUCAUACACCUCGUCACAAUCGGGCCCCGCCGACCCAGCGGUAGCAGCAGGCGCGGGCGACAAAAAGCAGUCCAUGGCAUCGAACAACCCGUAUAACCCCGCAAAUGCCUCGCAGAACCGUGCCAGUCCAAAUAUGAUGGACGAAGACGCACGACUUGCAGCCAAACUUCAGGCCGAAGAAGAUGCGCGCACAGGCAGCAGGGGUCCUACGCCCGGUGCCGCAGCGGACUACUAUAGCGAUCCGUCGCGGCCGCAGUCAAUCGGUGGCGGAUAUUCUCCCGGUCCCUCUUCACAGAGUCCCAUGCCGGAGCAGAAACGAAGCAAGGGCGGAUUUCUCAGCAAACUGAUGGGCAAGAGCUCUGGAAGCAGCUCACGUCCACCGAGACCCCAGUACGCUUCAUAUCCUCAACAGCAGCCCGGUGGAUACUAUGGUGGCUACCCCCAGCAACCACCUCCGCAACCCGGAUACGGCUACCCCGCACCAGGAUACGGAGGAUAUCCGUCGCAGGGGGGCUACUAUCCGCAGCAACAACCUCCAAGAAAAUCGGGUGGUAUGGGAACUGCCGGUGCAGCCGCUCUAGGCGUGGGUGGAGGCUUACUCGGUGGGUUGCUGCUUGCCGAUGCGGUAGAAGAUAUGGGAGAUCAUAACAAUUAUGACAAUGGCGGUUAUGACAAUGGCGGUUAUGACGGAGGGGGUGGUGGUUGGGAUGAUGGUGGUGGUGGUGGUGAUUUCGGUGGUGGUGAUUUCGGCGGAGGCGGUUUCUAA